AUGGCAGAAUCAAGUUCCAGCAAUGGCGCUCCCAAAAAGCAUAUUCUUUUGAAUGCAUUCGACAUGUCCACUGUAGGGCAUUUGUCGCCUGGCCAAUGGAAGAACCCGACAGAUAAAUCAGCAACUAAGCGCUCUCUCGAUUACUGGGUAAAUCUUGCGAAGUUGCUGGAGCGCGGCGAUAUCAAUGCCCUCUUUUUGGCAGAUACAUAUGGUGGUUACGACACUUACGAGGGUUCUCUCGAUAACUGCAUCCGCCGCGCAGCACAGUGGCCAAUGACUGAUCCUGCAAUUCCGAUCACUGCCAUGGCCGCCGUAACAAAAAACCUGACCUUUGCCAUCACUGCAUCCACUUCCUUCGAACCACCUUUUCUACUUGCUAAGCGAUUCUCGACUCUUGAUCACCUCACGGGCGGUCGCUUUGGGUGGAAUAUUGUGACUGGGUGGAAGAAAGGAGCUUUCAAAGCUAUUGGUCUGGAUGAACCCAUUGACCAUGACCGUCGUUACGCUCAGGCAGACGAGUAUCUGCGAGUAUUAUACAAGCUGUGGGAAGGUUCUUGGGCCGACGAUGCGAUUGUAAAGGAUGUCGAGAAUGAUGUCUAUGCAGAUCCUGACAAAAUUCGCACCAUCAAACAUGAUGGAGAAUUCUAUCAUCUAGAAAGUAGACACAUUGUCGAUCCCAGCCCUCAACGUACCCCACUCCUUUUCCAGGCUGGUACUUCACCCGCUGGAUCUCAAUUCGGCGCCACCCACGCAGAAGCAAUCUUUGUUUCAGCCCAUAGUCCGUCAGUCCUCAAACCCCGUGUUGCAAACAUUCGAAAAUUGGCCCAGGAGGCCGGUCGAGACCCACAGUCAAUUAAAUUCUUCAGCACGGUGACGCCUAUUAUCGGAAGGACCGAGGAAGAGGCCAAAGCGAAAUUUGAGGAGGCAAAGAAGUAUGCCUCUACCAUUGGAGGUCUAGUAUUGUUCUCCGGAUGGACUGGUAUUGAUAUCUCAAAAGUUCCAUUAGAUGAGGAAAUUGACCCUGCCAAGCACUCACUUGAGAAGCACAAGGUACACUCAAUUUCCGAGACAUUGACUGCUCGAACGCCAGAACUGCCAUCCAUCACACCACGAAUCAUUGCUGAGGCAGCUUCUCUUGGUGGCUUAGGUCCUGUCCCUGUUGGCACACCCUCUCAAGUCGCUGAUAUUCUUGAGAAAUGGGUCCAAGAGGCAGAUAUCGAUGGAUUUAAUGUUGGAUAUGUCAUAACUCCCGGCACCUUCGAAGAUGUGGUCGAUUUGUUAAUACCGGAACUGCGGAAGAGAGGAUUGUAUCCUGAGAAGCGAGAUGAUGUUUCUGGGUUGACAGCGCGAGAAAAGAUAUAUGGACAGGGCCAGAGUAAAUUGCGGGAUGAUCAUGUUGGAUCCAAAUACAAAUAUAAUGUAUACAAGGAGGAUGCACCGUUCGAAAAGGAAGUCGACGAAGGUGCACCUUAAUCUCGUUGCGAAUGUAUUGUCAUAUAAUCCUGUCGUUCAAGCAAGCUCAUAGGACAUUUCGUCCAAACAUUGAAGUUCCUGAACACAUGAAAGGUCUGAAAUUCAAACUGAACUGUAAGCCUUUUUUGUUCGCAUCCACUAGCUUUAUAUAUUGCUGUUGCUAUUGCUCCCGAAGUAUCUUCCAAGGUUCAUCACCGGACUCGAAGGAAAACUAUCGAACCCUUAAGCCUCAAAUUCAAAGUAGAUAGGAUCGAU